GGACUAUUUGGCGAGAUUUUACGUAAAUUCGCGAGAAACUUAGGACUGACGGAAAAUAUGGCGAAUCCGCGCGAGAUACCUACUGUUUCACAUUCAGACGAUAAGCAUUCGGUUACUCUUUAUUGACAGACGCAGUAAAAGAUGGGAGGUAGAGAUUCUAAAUUCGCCUUUAUAACAUAUGAUGAGGCGUCAAAAAAAAUUCAAGAAAAGGAAUGUAUUCAUCUAAAAGAGGCUUUCAAACGCUGCCCUACUGUACAUGGCUUGAUGCCUAAAACAAGUUUUAUGAAGGAUGUCUUAGGAGAAACAGUACCAAGUCGAUUAGCUGACCGGAUAUAUGCGAUUUUGGGUGGAGGUUCUAGAGGUUUGGCCUAUAAAGACUUGAUUUGUGGAUUGGCAUUGAUAUGCUAUGGAAAUCAAGAGGAGAGAGUUAGAUUUCUAUUCACAUUAUACGCAAAUGAAAGUGGAACAUAUAUUCAAAAAGAAGAAAUGGACGCAUUAGUUAUGGCUACAGAAGGGAAUAUUCGAACACCAGAAGAACUCUGCCAUUUAUUAAAAUCAGACCGCGUAACGUAUGAAGAAUUUAAAGAGUGGCAAUUAAAAUAUCCAGAAGCUACCUCGAUGUCAAGAUGGUUAUUUAAAGAACCUCAUCCGAAUAUUUUAUCAUCAAAUGAUAACACUCCUACAUUUUAUCAAACAUUAACAAAUGUAACUCAUCUAUUCGAACAUGAAGUUGUUGAAUUGGAAAAACGUUACUGGCAAUUAAAAAAUCAAAGCCAAACUGGUCGAUUUGAUUUGGAAACGCUGAGACCUGUUGUAUGCCCGCCAUUUCCACCUAACAUUUGCGAAGGAUUGUUUAAUGCUUUCGACGAGAAUCACGACAAUCAUAUUGACUUUAAGGAAAUGGCUUGCGGCAUAUCGGCUUGUUGCCGAGGUCCGGAAUUAGAACGUCAAAGAUUCUGCUUUAAAGUGUUCGAUACCGAUCAAAAUGGUUUUCUUGGUCAUGAAGAAAUAACAGAUAUGCUUAUCGCCAUGGAAAAGAUUCGAGAAGAGAAUUGUACGGAUAUUGAAUAUCGUAAUCUUAAUUCUAAAAAUAAUAGAAAUAAAGAAGAUAUAGCAAGUGAUAUUUUAAAGGAAUACGAUGGUGAUAAGGAUGGUUUUAUUACGCAAGAUGAAUAUCUUCUAUGGACAGCUUCUAAAGGAUGUGAUAAUACAUCAUCUUACUUCUUGGAAUUGUUAUUUCAGAUAUGCCACGUUGUUUUGGGUCUAAAGCCUGAGAAUAAAGAACAAGAAAGGCGUGUUAUUGAAGGGUGGCUUCGUAGAGAAGAGCGAAAGGGUUUGCAAGCCGGUCAAUGUAUUUAUCUAAUUGGUAGCUCAUGGUGGGAACAAUGGCAGUGUUAUGUCAAAAAUAAGCCUGAGAUUAUAACAAAUGACUUUUCUGAAAGUCCGUCCACCAAACGAAGCAACUCUAAGCCGUUUAAACACAGGAAAUCAUCGAGUAUCGAUGAAGAGUCGUCCGUACUGGGAAAGUCUUAUCGGCCAACUCCGGAAUUGCAUCAUCACUCUCCGUCACCAUCUCCUCAUAUACAAAAGCGAGGAGUUAAUUAUACAUUAGGUCAGAAACCGGGAGCAAUUGAUAAUUCAGGAAUCGUGUUAAGUAAUAAUACGAUUAAAGUUGCUACGCUUACCAAUGAGGGCGGUCUGUUGAGGAAAAAUUUGCAGAAGGAUACUGAUUUUAAGCUUGUACCAGAUGCAAUAUGGAGAGCUUUUCAUAGCUGGUACAAUGGCCAGCCGGCAUUGCCAAGAUCGGUAAUUGUUGGACAAUAUAAAAAUGAAGUUGAACUAUAUCCUAUCAAUGUAAAACUUUAUAAGCAUCAAGUUGUAAAUCCUUUUAGAUCCGUUCAAAGUAAUACUAUUACGGGGAUGGUUGGAUCGAUAAGUGGUGCUGCAUGGAAUGCUGCUGGUUUUAAUUCUCCAGCUGCUCAACCUAAAAGAUUUUUGGCCCAUACUGCCUCUUUUAGUAGACACCAUAGCAUUCGUCAAUUACUUGAUUUCCUCUCGAAUCGGCUUCGUACAUCGAGAGAGGAUAUUCGAUUAUGGAAAUACCGCGACGAGAUGCAGGCUAAUUUAACGCUAUUAGAAGAUGAAGAAGCUACUGUUGAACAAGCCGAAAUUACCGAUGGAAUGGAGAUUCUAAUAGAAGUAAGAAAUAAAGACCUGACAUGGCCAGAAGAAAUGUUACAAUUGGCUAGAAGCAAGGUAAAUGGGGAGAAAAAACCAGUUGUUAAUACUGAACAUGGAGCUACGGGUUUAAAUAAUUUAGGAAAUACUUGCUUCUUGAAUUCAGCUGUACAAUGCGUUAGUAAUACAAAAAUUUUAAAAGAAUACUUCACUAGUCAUAAACACCGAUAUGAAUUGAAUAAGACAAAUGUUCUUGGAAUGAAGGGUCAUAUCGCUAGCGCAUAUGGUGAAUUAGUAGAAUCGUUAUGGUCCGGUACGGCAAAGACAAUUGCACCGCUGAAAUUAAGAUAUACCAUAUCAAAAUACGCUCCGAGAUUUAAUAGUUUUCAACAACAAGAUUCACAAGAAUUAUUACAAUUCUUUUUGGAUGGUUUACACGAGGAUCUUAAUAGAGUUCAGGAUAAACCUUUUAUUGAACUUAAAGAUUCAGAUGGAAGACCCGACGACGAAGUUGCCGAAGAAUCGUGGAAUUAUUAUUUAAUGAGGAAUAGGUCAAUAAUAAUUGAUCUCUUUCACGGUCAACUCCGAAGUCGACUCCAAUGUCCAGAAUGCAAAUAUUCGUCCGUAAAAUUCGAUCCCCUUACAUUCCUUAGUUUGCCUUUGCCUAUGGAAAAUUACUUGCAUUUGGAAAUUUUAGUUAUUCAAAAAGACGGUUCAUUACCCAUAAAAUACGGCCUACGUUUGGAUGUUGAUGAAAAAUAUGAUACCUUGAAAAAGGAAUUAUCAAAACUUUGUCAAAUCCCACCAAAUCAACUGCUAUUAGUUGAAGUAUAUAACUCAAUGAUUAAAAACAUUCCCCACGAAAGAGAUAAACUCAAAUCCUUAAACGGCAGUCUCCUUUAUGCAUACGAACUUCCGCCAAGCAGUUUCAAACCCCUAGCGAGUUUGGUCAACUCACCAUCCCUGCAGAGGCAAAGUGCACUUAAUACGGUGGCUAACGGUUUACCGCCGGUUAACGCACCAACUCCCAGCUCAUGGAAGUCCCUGGACGAAAACUGUUCAAGCACAUACAUUCCACCUUUAAUAGUGCAGGGGGCGCAAACUGAUUCUCAACAGGUAUCUAACUCGUACUCUGGUCACUACGUCGUUGCCAUGCAUAGGAAAAUGUUGCGACAAGAAGUUUUCUUCCUGGCAUAUUCGAAAAGCCGUCCUAAUUUAUUUGGUACACCGCUAAUUAUAGCGUACAAUGAGUCUACUACGAAGAAGGAAUUAUAUGAAAAAGUUAUGAAACAGAUGUCGCGACUGGUUUCGCAGCCAAAUAAGCUAAAUCAUUCUUUUAAUCAUGCACUGAACGGAGAUGACGCAAAAAAAUAUCCGUUUACUUUGAAAACGGUAAGUCGGGACGGGACAUAUUGUGAUCGCUGCGAAUGGUAUAUGUUCUGUAAAGGUUGUGAGGUUACCUCGGACGAUGAACCUUUUGAACCUCCCCUCCAAACUGUUACUUGCCGUUACUUAGCUAUUGACUGGGAGCCUAACGCCUUACAUUUGCGCUACCAAUCUUCACAGGAAAAGGCGUCCACUGACCACGAAUCAGUCGCCGCAGCUAGGAAAUCACAAACUGAGCCAAUUGACCUGGACGCCUGCCUAAAAGCGUUUACCAAAAUUGAAGUUUUGCCAGAUACCGAUAAGUGGCUUUGUCCAAAAUGUAAAAAAAACAAGUUCGCUAAUAAAGAACUUCAUUUGUGGAAAUUACCACCUAUUCUAAUUGUUCAUCUAAAGCGUUUUGUUCACGUCGACGGAACAAAUGGAAAAUUUGUCAAAUCGCACAAAAUAGUAAAUUUUCCCCUUAGAGACUUCGAUCCUUGGAUGUAUAGUGGUUCCUGCAAGGCGAUAAACUCAAACGGUGAUACGAAUGAUACGCCAGAUGAUAAAGAUGUAAAUAGAGAUGCGAAUAGACUGGAACGACCAAAAUAUAAUCUAUAUGCCUUAUCGCUCUGCCAAACCUUGCUUUUAACGCUUUCGUCUCAAUUUCAGUGCCAUAGUGGAAUGAUUACUGGGGGUCAUUACGUUUCGUACGCCAAGAACACUAAUGGUAAAUGGUACUGCUAUAACGAUAGUAGCUGUAAGGAAGUUCCGGAGAGUUCGAUCGAUAAGAAUACGGCUUAUAUGCUCUUUUACGAACAACAAGGUCUAGAUCCAAAACAAUUUAUGCCAGAUAUUUCCGGUAAAGAGCAACAAUCGGCUGACGACGAAGAGAUUGAUGAACAAUUGAAAAAGGUGAACUGUACUGUCAUGUAA